CCGCCGCCUCUUUUACUCAAAAAAAAAAGUGCGCGACAUGGCCUCUCAGCAACCUCCGCCGCCGCCGCCGAAGGAGAAGAAAUCCCCGCCACCCGCUCCCACCACCAUAUGCGCCCUCGGCGACGACCUUCUGCGCGAGGUAUUCCUCUGCCUCCCCUCCCUCCCGAGCCUCGUCCGCGCCUCCCUCACCUGCACUCCCUUCCUCCGCGCCGUCCGCUCGUCGCCUGCAUUCCGCCGCCGGUUCCGCGACCUCCACCCACCACAGCUCCUAGGAAUCUUCCUCAACAUCCACGACCCCGCCUUGCCAGCCUUCGGGCCCAUCCGCCGCCGCUCCGACGUGGACCACGCCGCCGCCAUCCGCGGCGCCGAUGUCUUCCUUACCCUGCUCCCCGAAGACGAUAAGGACGCCGAUCGCGAGUGGUCAAUGGAAGACUGCCGCGACGGAUAUGUCGUUCUCGUCAACUGGGAAAUCAAGCAAAUGGCUGUCUACGAUCCCCUCACACGGGCCCUGGAUCUCUUCUCCACGCCACCGGACGAGAUCUGCAGCGACAUGCACGUUGAGUUCCACAUGCUCGCCUCUGAAGAAUGCCACGGGCAGUUCCGCAUUGUCUCUGUCUGUCAUGAAGAAUGGGGGGCGCAAGCUGCCGUGUUCUCAUCAGAUACCGGAGAGUGGCAGGUUUUCCCGUUUUCAGAGGAUGAUCACUGCAAUCACGAUGGUACAAUGGUGAAUGGGUUUGUCUAUUGGACAUUUACAAGCGGAGCCAAUAUCCUUGUGCUGAAUACGGCUACACUGCAAUUCUCGCAAAUCAAUCCGCCGCUGCAUAUGGAAGGGAAAGGGGAAUUUAAGCCUGGCGAGACCAAGGAUGGGAAGCUCUGUUUGGUUUGCACGGUUAGAUUCACGCUUGUUGUCUGGGUCUGGGGACCGGAUGAUGACGACGUUGAUAGAUGGAUCCUGGAUAAGGCAUUUCCGAUGCAGGAUGCAAUUACUCUGCAUGAUGAUUGUGCUCUCAAUGUUGUGGCGAUUAUCGGUGGUUUGGUGUAUUUUUCUACUUCUUGUCAGAGGCAUUCGAAUUCUUGCUUUUUCAUGUCCUUCUGCCUUGAAACAGAGGAGCUGAAUAAGCUCUGCCCUGUCACUCCCUGCUCUAUUCGUUCAUAUCCGUACAUCAUGGCGUUCCCUCCUUCAUUGAUAUGCAAUAAGGUGAACCCUCAACCUGAAGGAGCUUGACUAAGCGGAAGAACAAAAACUGGAAGCAGAUAAUGUUACUUUCUCGCUAUAGAGUAAACCAAGAUGUCCCAUCUUGUUGGGAAUUGUCCGUCAUUUGUGUAACCUUAUCAUGUAUCAAUAUCAUUAAUAGCUGACAUGAUAGUGUUUUUGUAACUCGAAAGUGGCUGAAGCUCACUUCUAUCUAUGUUUAGAAGAAGCAUUCUAUGGGGAUCUAUAAUAUUUCCUAAAUGCAUUGAGAAACUCACAUGGUUCUAUGUUA